AUGAAGGCUACUCGUAGAGACAGGAUUUGUGGUGCCGCUACAUGGGUGUUUCUCCUAGCUGGACUGUCCAUGGCGGCUGCAGACAGGAAGCAGUACGCCAUGUACGUGUGGGCUGAUGGGUAUGACCCGGAAGUGCAGGGCUGCACGGAGACCGACUUCCUGUCCUGGACUAGCCCGACGAUGAACACCAACCCCUGCUUCACUCACUCCUGGAACACGCUGGAGAAGAGACGCUGGCUGUGGAACACCUGCAAUGUACCAGGUAGAGAGAUCAGUACGAUCUUCCUGGCCGGUCUCCAUCGCCUGUUGGAAGCCGGGUACCGGAAUGACGACUGCACGGCUGACGGCGUACAGCUCAUCAAGACCACGCUACGGGACGGGUACCAUCAGGUUCCCGGGCUACAGGUAUACGCGCUCUAUGCCGUGAGUGACCUUGCCGUAUCCGAGCAGCUACUGGUCAAGCAUGUGGUGUGGUACAAUGACGCUUGUGCAGGAACCCAGGAGAGGUUUGUGGGCGUGGCUACCAACAACGAAGCGUUCUCCCAUGUCAAGUGCGGCACGCCCCUGGAGAAGGUCACCUACCUCCAAAAGCUGGACAACAUCCGGGCAGAGGCUAGGAAACAGACAACUGGGUAUCUAAAGGUCCACUAUUCCAUGUCGUGGCACUGGGGGAUGGCGUGUGAUCACGUGACAGAAAACGUAGUCCUGUGGAACGGCAAAGAUCAAAAGAUCUCCCGCCACAUGAUUGACAUCUUUGACAGCGUGGACGUACAGGUCGCUUACGUCACUCCCUCUGAGAUGGGCAGGCGUGCGAAGCUGGCUGACUAUGAUUACGCUCUCGCCCAGGGGAAGAAUUUCUUCAUUACUUCCUACACUGAGAAGGUGGCGCCAUGUCAGAUCACAUUCUUCCCACAAUCCUGUGCGGACAUCUAUGGCGGGAAGUCGGAGGCCGCCAUGUUUGCUGCGUACGACCAGCUGGUGAACCACGGAGUAGGGGGGGCUCGGCCGUGCAUCGAGUACUACAGGGGGGUGUACUCCAGCGGGGGGAACGCAGACUGGCCUAAACAUGAUUCCAGUUCUCCGGUGGUGGAUUUGCUGGACCCAGUACUCCCCGGCCCUGACCACUCGGCGCUGACGGACUGUGGUCCCGGCUCCUACUGCAAGUGCUGGAUGGACCCUCCCCUGUGCCACGGCACGGACCUCCCCUGUGUGUGUCAUAACCAGGACUAGAGUUGUGGAGCAAAGCCCCGGAGGCCACAUACGUGUAAAAUGCAUCUUAAGCCCCUGUCACAUGCGACAUU